UUUCACAAGAGAGUAAACGUGUUUUUCGCAUUGGAGAUGGCAGGAGAAGGAAAUUAAAGCCCCUCCAUGUGUUCUGGCUGCCCACACCCCCACCCUGCAGCCCUGGAGGCUGCCGGAGCCGCGGCUGUCCCUCGCGGUGGCCAUGGACACCUCGUACCCCCGGGAGGAGCGGCCGAAGGACAGGUGGCCCCCCGCCGCCCCCGCGCCCCGCGACCACCUGGUGUGGGCCAUCUUCAACACCCUCUACAUGAACUUCUGCUGCCUGGGCUUCGUGGCGCUCGCCUUCGCCGUCAAGGCUCGGGACAGGAAAGUGGCCGGGGACGUGGAAGCUGCCCGGCACUUCAGCUCCAAGGCGCGGUGCUACAACGCCCUGGCCAUGGCGGGCAGCGUGCUGCUGCCACUGCUGCUCGGUGCCCUCGUUGUCACCGGGGUCAUCCACCUCUCCAAGCUGGCCCAGGAGUCUGUUGGAUUCUUCACCUACCAGUUCAGCGGGAGCGACGAUGAGGAGCAGUGACCAGGGUG